AGAAUUGCAAGCGAAUCCGACUUUCCCGUCCUACGACAGUGUGCAAGCCAAGACAUCAAGGACCCAUUCAGUACAUAAAUUCAUCUGUGCAAUGAGGCAAAGCGUCCGUAGCCCAGGGACUCGGGCCAGCCUGCAGAGCGGCCGGGCAGCAAGCAGCUGCUUGCCAGUCACUCCUCUUUGCCCACUCGUGGCUUCCACCACCUCGGCUCCCGCCACCAGCAUCAGCAGCAGUGACGCACUGCUCCGCAGCACCGCCGUUGCCAGCACCAGCACCAGCAGCCCUGCCACCGUCCCCAUUGCCGCCCGCCGGCGCCACCAGCCCCGCAGCCGCAGCGUAGCUGCAGCCACACCUGCCGCCGCGCCCUCGCCCGCUGCUGCAGCCGCCCCCGCCUGGAGGGGGCCGGGGGAGGUGGGCGAUGAGGACAAGGCGGUGGGGUGCCUGCUGGGGGCGGCGGUGGGGAACGUGCUGGCGGCGCCGUACCAGGGAGACCGCCACUUCGAGGUGAUCCGCCUGCGCCGCAACGGUGUCACUGACUUUUGGAAGUACGACAUCGGCGCCCAGCCCGUGCAGUACGGGCAGUACACGGGCGACUUUGCCAACCUGCUGGCAGUGGCCACCUCGCUGUCCGCCUCCCGCGGCGUGGAGCCAGCCCACCUGCUGGGCGCCCUGACACGGGCCUACGCCGAGGGCGGCAGCAGCGUGGAGGUGGAGGACGCCAGUGGCGGCAGUAGCAGCGGCUUCCUGCCGGCCCGGCGCUACAGCCCCUACGACCGCCUGGUGAUGGAUGCCGUGCUGGCGGGGACGGACCCGCUCAAGGUCCCGGAGCUGGCUGAGCGCUACCUGGCUGAGACCACCCGCCGCCACGCCUCCAGCAGCAGCGACCGCCCCGACCGCGAGCCGCACGGACCCAGCGACCUGGGGGCGGCAGCCCGCGCCGCGCCCAUCGGCCUAGCCUACAGGCGUGCCGGCGGCGAGCGCCUGCUGGCGGCUGUGCGGCGCUCCCUGGAGUUCUCCCACCCCACCCCGCUAGGCCUGGACGCGGCCCACGUGGUGGCGGCGGCCGCGGCCUGGUGCGGCCGGCAGCAGCCCGGCGACGCGGUGGGCGCCACGCCGGCGGCGCUGCUGAGCCACCUGCUCAACGACGUGGCGGUGACGGCGGAGCAGUGCGGCAAGCUGCGGCUGCUACGGGACAACCUGUUCCAGCUGGACGAGGUGACUGACUGGCGCGCCUUCUACGCCGGCCCCCAAUGGGCCCGCCUCACCGCACUCUUCAGCCGCCUGUCCUUCCACGGCCUCGCAACCGCCGGCUCAGAGUUCGCGUCGGUGGUGCUGCUGGCACUGCUCAGCAGCUGGGGCCGGCCCGAGCAGGCAGUGAUCGUGGCAGCGUCGCUGGGCGGCCACGCGCCCGCCACGGCGCAGACGGUGGGCGCCCUGGCGGGCACGCUAUACGGGCAGAGCUGGGUGCCGGAGCGCUGGUGGCGGGGGCUGGGCGAGGGCGUGGAAGGGGAGGCGGGGCGGGAGGCGGUGGUGCAGGCGGGCCGGGCGCUGGCGGCGGUGGAGCUGGCGGACGGGUUGUGAGCGCCCGGGGUGGGAGGUAGGGGGAUGGUUUGGCGUUGAUCGGAUGUGGGUUGGGCGAACUGGGUUGCGGUGGCUGGGCGACAAGCACUGUUGCAGGGGAGGUUGAUGGCAACGGGGUGGGGGGUAUGAGCGGCUCACUGAGUCGGGCGGACGACAGGGGUGGCCGCGGUUCUGGAGGGGCCCUAGACGGCCAUAAUUAUAAGGCUCUUUUGUUAGGAGAACAAUCGCAGGGCGUGUGGUGCGGGCUGACUUGGCACCGUUGGACUCGCGAU